UCAAUGGUUGUGUUUGCAUUGCUGUGGCCCGCUUGCUUAUGUUAGGUCUACUGAAGGUUAGAGUUAGGUUUUGAUAACUAGGACUCGCACAUUCCAAAGAGUGGUUACAGUGCUGAGGAGACGUGUAGUCAGUGGACAGCAAUAUGUUUAUCUAAAUGUCUUCCACUGUCAUCAAAGUUUAGGACAAUGACAGCAACUGUUUUAACUAGGACACGUAUAACCUUGAAGUCAACUAUAAUGUAAAAAGGUAUAGUCUAUUUUUUUAGACGGAUAUUUCAUUAGCAACUCGAGGAAACUUCAAACAGAUCGUGUUUCACGUAAAUCUCACGAUUUUAGAAUCCUGACAUAAGAAAAGCAAUAUUAGACGCAGAGUUGGAGAACUAUAUUCUACGGAAACGAAACUGUGGAGGACGUCAAUUUAAAAGCAAUAUACCCGAGCGGUUGUUUGACGUUGACAAAUUUGCAUAACAUACCAUCAUAGAAUCUUCGCCAGGCAACGCUUAGGAGCACGAUAAGGUUAAUAUCACAGUCAGACCUCCGAAUGGUAAAACUAUUAGUUAAUAUUCGCCACCGUGAGAGUAACUUUUCAUUUUAAAUAUGAGUGACAGCUCAAGUAACAGUAGUAACGACAGCGGCUUGGAUCAGGGAAGUGCGUCUAACUCUAAGUCGCUGUCAGACGAACAAGAUGGAGCUGAAGUCGUCUUGUCAGAGAUGAAUGACACCUUCAAAAAGUCUAAAAGGGACCUGUUGAUGCGAUUUUUACAAGAUCAAGAAACUCUGAACAAACGCUUCCAGGAGUUUGCUUUGAAUAGUGACAGUGAAGGCGAUAAAGACAAUGAUGUGAAUAUCUCGUCAACAGACACCAAUCUCUGUCCGAGGAGGUUGUAUGAGCUUCGUCGUAGCACGGACAUCCUUCCAGAAAGACCGCCGCAACACCUACAUAGACGGUCGAAAACAUCGAUGGACAACCCUGAUGACAAACAGGACGGCAGGGUGCGUACUGCACUGUCCACCGCCAAUGUUAGACGCAGGAGAUAUCGUAUGAAAUCUGUUGAAUUUGAAAAUAAUGGAACCAUGGAUACACAAACAACGGCGAUCCAGUCAGCUGAAAUUGCCGAAGAAACACCUCGCCAAUCUGAAAAGAAGGUGCUUAGUAAAAUCAGCAUCCGCCCGAAAUCCGCCAUGGGCCCCAGAAGACAGCCGGUGGUGGUGCCCACCGCAGAACCCAUCGCCCCCCGCGCCCCCUCCACCACGUUUAACAGGUCGGCAGAACUCCGUGCCAAGAACAGUAGCGAAGUUCGGUAUUCACCAGACGGACGGGAAAGUCCCGAGAUGGUGGCGCCAGCCCGACCGUCAUCUCCCAUAGAAAGAAUCCCACCGACAAGAAAACUGACUUGGCAAGAAGGGAACUCUAUAGAAGAAAGUGAAGCUGUUGAACCAAAGGAAAUCACAAAUCAGCUUCAAUCUUUGUCACUCGAUGGAGUUACCACCAUCGGCUCUCUCCAGAGUACAAGCUCAGGCGAUUCUGAGGCUUCUCUAUAUUCAAGUGACAAUAAUGUUUCUACGGGCAAUAUUACGUACCAGUCUCAAACUAUCCCAACGGAAUUCUCUCCUGUUGCCCCAGAGAGGGAGUCCCAGCACCCUCUCAGGGAACGAGUAAUGCGGACGAGAACCGCAGAGGAUUCCAACCUCCACCGCGUUAUAAAGUGGACUCCACAUCACCGCAAAACAGACAGAAGAGGUCAUCCAGCAGUGAGGAGAUACAUCUCUCUGGACGACACACAGAGUGCUAUAGGGGUCCGAACAGUCCCAGCGAUGGACGAUGUCAUCAUUGAUCCAAACAUAUACACCAAGUUUGCUUCUGAACGCUUCUCUAAUUCCAACGCGGGGGCAAUGCGAAAAUCCCAAGGACUCUCCGACUUGAGUGGACUUAGGGGGAGGGGUCGCCCCAUUAAGGUGCUCAAGCUCCCCCCUCUUGAACACUCUAAAGUGAUCAAGAAAAACGUUCCAGCAGCUACCUCUCUGAUUGGAGGACCUACUGGGGCCAGUUUUGCAGAAUCUCUCGUUGGUUAGGGCAUGUGCUAGAUUUUUAUUUGAAAAAAAAAGCAAAAAACGUACACGAUACAGUUGUGAUAUACCUUUAGAGUAUAGAUGAGCAUUAUAUGUACAGUAACUCUUGUAAUGCCUUCAAGCGUACAUGUAUCUAUAUCUUAAGGUAGCGAACUACGUCAUCACAGUUAUUCUAUUGAUGUGCCUUAGCUUCACGUUUCACUCUUCAAUCUGAAAAUUUUCCUGCAAAUAUGAUAUAUUUGCUUUUGUUUUGACAAAGUGUCAAAAGCAUAGGCCAAUGGGAAAACAAUUAGUAUUGUACCUUUAAUGUUUACAAACGGUAUUUGCUUUUAUGUGAUUUCAUUGUUUAAAACUACUGCAACUGCCACUCCUAGGAUCGACUUGCCAAAGGAAUUUUAAUGGUGCACUCUUUAUCGAUAUAAUAAGCUGUUUUUAUAUUAUAUUACGAAAUUAAUCCGUGUUAAAUGUUCUCUUAAGUACUUUAACUAUAAAUUGAAAUGCCUUUUCUUAGCACGAGUAUUUAUUUUGUAAAACCUGAUAAGCUGCAAACGAUUGACGCUACUCAUAAAUUACUGUACACAUACUUUGCUAUAUUUGCCGAACAAGACAGAAUAGAAACAAAAUUGAUCCUGGCUUGAAUGAAGCAAAGGCUAUAUUGACAAGUGUUGUUUGUUCGGACCAGUUUUCAUUUUCUGUUCCUUUUUGUCCUAUAUUUGCUUAAAUCAUCCUUUGUUAAUUCAUUGUGGUUACAAUAUGCAACAUAAGUGAGCUGGGACAGAUUUAUCUCGGUAAGCUGCCACGGCAACGUACAGGAACAUGAAACAACCGAAAAGAAUUUCGGUCUGAUAUAUUUUUUACAAUCGUAAUUUACAUAUUCGACAAUCACUGACCCUGUUUAAACUUUUGAGUUAAGUUAUUAUUUCUCAUAUAAAAACUAUCUACAGGUAUAUACAUACUGUAAGACAAUUUUGAUAAGCCUGUGCUUCAUGAUAAUCAUUUCAAGUGAAGGAAAUUUGUGACCGAUUAGUAAUGGAAUGUAAUUUGAUAGCGUUGUAAACGUACUGUCUGUGAUUUGUUCAAUUUAUUACUACGACAAGUGCCACAAGCACUGCCUUUUUCCUUAUUUUUCUUUUUUUUUUGUAUGUAUGGCGUACUUUGUCCUUUGUAAGGAUCAACUAUAUAGUAAAGGAGCAUUUUAUCGGUGCUGUACAUUUUAUACAUUGCAAACUGUAUAUUAAGAAAGAAAAAUAUAGUU